AUGAACGCUCCCGAUAGGUUCGAGCUGUUCCUCCUUGGAGAAGGGGAGAAGAAAUGCGAGGAGGUUCCCUUCACUGCCAUUCCCAACUGUUCCGACUUUGUCAUCAAGAAAGAAGACCACACCAUUGGCAACCUAGUCUCGGAGCAGCUCAAGAAGCACCGAAACGUCCUGAUGGCCGGAUACAAAGUUUCUCACCCUAACGUGCCUGAGCUCUUUAUCCGGAUCCAAACAGACGGCACCAUAACCCCCAAGGAAGCCCUCCUCUCCGUCCUCGAGAAGCUACUCAGGGAUCUCAACCAUCUCAGCCAAGAGUUCACUCGAGAGUGGGAACUCCGGCGUAUGGUCACCGAGGGAGAACAAAACCAAAAUGGCAUUUGA